GUUAUUACGAAUAAAAUGAAGCUACAAACGCUUAUACUUUACCUUGGAAACCCCGCAUUACACAAUGCAUUGGGAAGACAAAUCUCCUGCUUUCCACGCCAGUUAUUACGAUGGACGUUGUGUUUACAUUUCGCAGUGAUCGGUAUUGCAGCAGGAAUACAAUGGUUGUCAAUUGGGAAGACGGCAUCCAUAAGCGCUAACCCAUCUCUAUCAUUAUACAACGGAUGGUGUACGGGACGGGCGUAUCUAACUCCAAAGCAACGAAAGAUUUGCCGACAUCAUUAUUCAAUGAUGACGUCAGUUGCUGACGCAGCACAAAUCGCGCUGGAGGAAUGCCAGACGCAGUUCCAGUCAGAAAGAUGGAAUUGCUCAACGCCACCACAUCCAAGGCGGCAGAAACGCUCCGUUUUUGGACGAGAAUUACUAACAGGGACACGGGAGUUGUCAUUUGUGUAUGCGCUAAGCUCAGCGGCGGUUGCAUACGCUAUAACAAGGGAUUGUAGACUGGGUAAAAUAGUGGGAUGUGGGUGCGACCAGACUUGGGCUAGCAGGGCGCCAUUGAACCAUACCUUUGACUGGGGAGGCUGUUCUGAUAAUAUAAGAUGGGGAAUCGAAAUGAGCAAGCUCUUUGUGGACGCUCAGGAGUUUGAAAGAGAAAGAAGAAAUAGAGUAAAGAGGAGGAGGAGGAAAAAACGAGAAAUAAACGAGAGGACGGUGAACUUGAGCAACAAUAAAUUUGGGAGAGAGGUAAUAUUGGCAAACAUGGGGAAACGUUGCCGUUGCCAUGGGAUCUCCAAUAGCUGUGAAGCGAUGACGUGUUGGAGAACCUUACCAAGCUUUCGUAAAGUUGGGGAAAUAUUAAAACAGAGUUAUGAUAAUGCCGUUCAGGUUCAUGUUGUAAAGAAAUACGGUCGUUACAUACUAAGACCACGUAACCGUGAAAGACAUUCUGUUGGACAUCGGUUCCUUUCCUUUCUUCGAAUGUCCAGUGAUUUCUGCGCUACUACAGGCCGUACAUGUGAACCGGAUGAAACCGGUCCAAACGGGUGUGACGAAAUGUGCUGUGAGCGUGGCUACGUCAUCAAAACACGCCACGUCACAACAAAAUGUGGAUGUACCUUUACCUGGUGUUGUAAUGUCACUUGUCAUGCUUGCAACGAGACGCGUAUCGAGCAUGUGUGUUUGUGACGUCAUAAUAAUUCGAGGUCAAGAGACAAGGGUCCUCUGUGACGUCAAACUGUGACGUCGUCGAGUUUUUUAAUGAAAUGAACUUGGACUUUUGGAAAGCUUUUGAACUUCACAUUUAUUAGGUCACAGAAGACUAGUUUAUUGAAUAUUUAUACCAUUUGUAUCUUUUACCAAAGAUAUGUUGAUACACAGUGUAUUCAGAAAAUACUAAACAAGUUUCGUAUACUCUGGUAUUAUUACCGCUAAAGAAACAGAAUGAAAUAUAAAAUCAGUGAGAUCCUUCA